AUGGGUGAAAAGAAACUAAGCAAGGACAGGCUGAAACGUCUUGGCAAUCUAUUAGAAGACCAAAUGCGAAAAGAGAAUUUUAAAGUUGCCAGCACUAAUCAAGUUCAAGUUGGAGAAUUCCAAAAACUACGAGCUCCAUGUGACUCAAUACCAGAUUCUCAGGUACCAAAACAUAUCCUUGAUCAGUAUGCUAAGGUUGUGAAGAAGAAAGAUGCAGAGAACAAGCAGGACGCAAUGACGGACAGUGGUGUAAGUUCAGAAACAGAAAAUUUGGAAGAGGAAAAGUGUAGUAAAAUUAAAAAACUGGUAUUGCAAUAUGAGAAACCUGAUAUAUCUCCAGCUGUACAGGUGGUAAAAUCAGAUAACAAAGAGGCAGUAGAGUUACAAAGUGAUAUAAAUGAUAAUACUAAUUUAGAAUCUAUGGACAGUUUGUGUGCCUCGAGUGAAACAAUGCGGCUUGAGCGUAAGAACCCUCACUUGGUUUUAACAGACACCCUUAAGAAGGCUUUAAAGCAACCUCUGCCCUCUGGCCCCCCACCUAAAAAGCCGCCACGCGUAUUUGCCGCACCACUACAGGAAUCUAAAUUAACACCAACACCUGAAACACCAGAGAAAAAAAGAAAAGAUACUAAGAAAAUGCUUGAAAAACUGGAAAAAGUUUUACAAAAGAGAGAAGCUCAGAAUCUGACAAACAAACAUAUUUAUGAUGUUGUAGAAGCAGACUUAAAUCAAGAAGAUGAGGAACCCAUCUACGAUGAGCCCUUUACCGGAGAUAGUGAUGUCCUGCCAAAAUCAAACUUAAAAGAGAAAUAUAAUGAAUAUGGUUCCCUUAGCAGUUGGAAAGUUAAAGAGAGCUUCAGUAAGAGUUUGGAGGACCUGAGGGUUGCGGAUAAACAUUUGGACGCCAAGAUAUACGACAUCCCCUGCGAGCAGUCGCGCCCCACUACACCGGACCAGUCGACGUGCCGAGGCAAGACGGAAUUCCAGAUGCUGCGGAGGAACUUCGAGACUGGCUUCCGCAGACCGGAAACCGGACAGGAGUCUGGGGUGGCUACAGACCGCCACUCGAGCGGGACCGAGGCGAGGAAGCCUCCAGACGCCCACAAACCAGCUCUGAAGCCGCUGUCGGGCGCUAAGAAGGUGUGGCGCUCGACGGAGAACGUCUCCGAGGGGUUCAGGAGUGCGAGGGAGCGCGUCGAGAGGCAGCUCAACACGGCCACCGGCGGGCGGAGAAGGUUCGAGAAGAACGAAGCCCGCAGCGGGCCAAGGUUGAGCCUGGCACGGAGGGAUAGUACCCAGCUGGACGUCGACAGGGAGAACCUGAACCGUCUGAUGACGGAGAUCUACGAGACAGUGUCGGCCGCCUGCAACAUGGACGACAACCGACCGGGCAGCUUCCCCACUGAGCUGAGUGACGGCAGCACCAGCGAAGAGUCCGUCAAGCUGACGAGGAGUCUGACGGAGAAGAGGAAGAACUACGUGAGGCGAGUCUCCUCGAGGGUCGCCUAUCUGGACCCCAAUAAUGUCAAGGGCCUCCGGUUCCGACACCAGACCUCGAUCUGCUCGUACAAAUCCGAGGUCGUAGACAACCCCUACUCCACGUUCCGCUCGUGGAAGAGUUUCAGGGCCUCUCAGUCGAACCUGUCACGUGACAAGAUGGCGGACGUGACGGAUGACAGUUUCGGCCUGGGCGGGAACGAGUCUUUGGAGCACCCAGUUAGCGACGACACAGACAGCCGCAGCAUAGACGAGAAGACCGGCUGCGUGGAGAUCGGGCUGCCGUUCGAGCCGCGCGAGAGGGGUCUGUUCAACGUCUGUCUGCUGGUCGGCAUGGACUACAUGGGCGGGCGGGCAUACGUGAAGAGCGUGUUCCCUAGCCAGGUUAAGGCACCGGCUCAUAUCGAGAACCUCGUGUUCCCCGAGACCCUGAGAGGAGCUCAGUGCUCGGCCGACCACGCUCAGCGAUACUCGCUCGUUCUCACGGACGAGCGCGGCGAGCGCAGUUAUGGGUACUGUCGGCGAGUGCUUCCAGAGGGCGCCACUAGCUGCCUACCUCUCUGCUACUGUUUGAUUGGGAAAUACCGAGCUCCCGGCUUUUACUAUAAAGUGCUGAAAGAGAUCGAAUCGCUCCACGGCAACUCGGAGGUGGAGAUAAAUCUACUGCUGCAGCAGCUGUUCGAGAGCGACUUCCCCAGUCCCGGCGAGGAGCUGGCGCUGGUCUGCAGCCGCGCCCGCGCCCACCCGCAGGACCCUCAGGACCCCGACCAGGAGGGCGGCAUCGCGAGGGACCUGGAAGGGUCGAGCAGAACGAUCACGAUCAAGAGGCCCAUAGAGCCUCGCGUGGACGAGGACAGCUUCUCCGUUCUGCUGGACUCGUUCGGUGCCGGGCUGGUCAUCAAGGUCUUCGGCUCGCUGCUGCUGGAGCGGAAGGUGGUCGUCAUGGGCGACCAGUUGAGCGUGGUGUCCUCGUGCCUGGAGGCGCUGCAAGCGGCGCUCUACCCGCUGGUGUGGCAGCAGCCGCUCAUCUCCAGCAUCCCGGCCGAGAUCCAGCGCGACGUGCUGGAAGCGCCGCUGCCUAUUCUGGCGGGCAUGCUCAACACCGAGGGGGACGCUGAGGCGGGAGCGGAUAGCAUACUCUUCGAGGAGGGUAUGCUGAUCGACCUGACACACCCCAACAAGGUGCUGUUCUACCAGGGCGACGAGUCGACGAUCCUGCCCACGUCCAGCUACAAGACCCUGAAGACCUCGCUGCAGAUGGAGUCGGUGAAGCAGCGGGAGAAAAACGAGGACACGAGGACGAGGAACGUGAUGAUAUCGGAGGCGUUCCUCAGGUUCUUCGUGGACAUCCUCGGCGACUUCUGGCGCUUCUUCGAGGCCAGGGAGCCGCGCGAGGGCGAGAUGGGCAGGAACGGCAUAGUGUUCGACAAGGAGGCGUUUGUGAGGAGCGCCCCGUCGAAGCAGAACCAGUACUUCUUAGAGUGGUUCGCCGAGACAGCCAUGUUCAACCACUUCGUGCAGAACAUGGCGGCGACCCACCCCCUCGCCGCGCCCCCGGGCCGCCUGGUGGACACCCCCCUCCCCAACUUCUACGAGCUGUUCCAGCAAAGGCUCAGCAGUAGGAACAAAGCGGAACACAGGCUGCCGGACUCGAAGAACAACUACAAGAGCGCUGUCAACAAGAAGGUCAAAAUGCUGAAGACCAAACUAAGAGAGCUCGUUGCU